AUCCUCACCAUGGCUUCUCGAGCAGGUCCGAGAGCAGCCGGCACGGACGGCAGUGACUUUGAGCACCGGGAGCGGGUUGCCUCCCACUACCAGAUGAGCGUGGCCUUGAAGUCUGAAGUCCGUAAACUCAACAUUGUCCACGUCCUGAUGUGGGUUCUGAUGGCAGCUCAGGUGACGGUGAGCCAGCUGGGCCUGGUGUCGUACAAGGUGGUGGCCACGCCGUACCAGUGGGAGUAUCCGUACCUCCUGAGCAUCGUUCCCACAGUCUUUAGCUUGUUGGCGUUGCCUCGCAACAACAUCAGCUACCUGGUGAUUUCCAUGAUCAGCGGCGGCCUUUUUUGCAUCGCCCCGCUCAUCUACGGCAGCAUGGAGAUGUUUCCCGUGGCGCAGCAGCUGUACCGCCACGGCAAAGCGUACCGCUUCAUCUUUGGCUUCUCGGCCGUGUCGGUCAUGUACCUGGUGAUUGUCAUAGCCGUGCAGGUGCACGGCUGGCAGAUCUACUACAGCAAGAAGCUGCUGGACCAGUGGUUCAACUCCAGCAGCACGCAGGACAAGAAGAAGAAAUGAGUUGUGAAGCAACUAGACUUUGUCUGGAUUUCUAUUUCUAUUUUUUGUUGGCAUUUCAGGCUUAACAACUGUUUGUAGUUGAUGUGUAAGUUAAUGUUUUGGACAAAAUAAAUGUGACAUCAGCCA